GAGCCCCUAACUACCCUUCCCCGCCCCCCCUUCCCUUCCCAAUUGAAGGAGCGGAGAGAAGAGAGAAGAGUGAUCAGAGAGAUUGAGAAAUAGAGAGAGAGAGAGAGCUAGACGGAUCUCUGGAGCCGACCUCAAGGUGACAUCCAUUUCUAUCUGCUUCACGUCUGGGGGGGCCCUGGCCGGGCAGCCCCCCCGCACUCCUCCUGCCCUGAAACACGGCUCUAGCCAACCUGCUCCGCUGCUUCACCUGCGACCGUCUGUGCGGGGGCUGCACGGCGCCGGCCCCGCCCGCCCGCCAGGGCAUCGUGCUGCAGCCCGUCAUGCCCAGCUGCGACCCCGGCCCGGCCCCCGCCUGCCUCCCCACCAAGACCUUCCGCAGCUACCUGCCCCGCUGCCACCGCACUUACAGCUGCGUGCACUGCCGCGCGCACCUGGCCAAGCACGAUGAGCUUAUCUCCAAGUCCUUCCAGGGCAGCCAUGGGCGAGCUUACCUGUUUAAUUCCGUGGUCAACGUGGGCUGCGGGCCGGCCGAACAGCGUCUCCUGCUCACCGGCCUGCACUCGGUCGCGGACAUAUUCUGCGAGAGCUGCAAGACCACGCUGGGUUGGAAGUAUGAACAAGCUUUUGAGACGAGCCAGAAGUACAAGGAAGGGAAGUACAUCAUUGAGAUGUCACAUAUGGUGAAGGACAACGGCUGGGACUGAGGGGCGCCCGCAGGCUGCGCCCUCCCUCCGCAUGGCCCCCCGCCCCCCCUCCUGUCCCCUGGCCCUGUCAAGCAGUCCAUACCAGCAUGAGUCCAGCCCCAGCCCUGGGGGGAAGCCGGCUCCAGCCCAACCCUCCCCCGCCUCCACCUCAUCAUUCCCUGCCCCUCUGCAGCAGGGGUCUGGGGUACCCCCGGGGUGUUCAAGGCUCAGGAGUGGGCAGUAGUCAGGGAGACAGCACGAGGGGAAAGGGAUGGCAGGGGGCGGACCUGGCCGCCCCAAGGUCCUCCUCCCGUUUAGAGCCGCCAGCAGGGCGGAGACUCAGGCAGACAGCGGGGGGCAGAGGCUGAGGAGCCCAUCCCAGGCCACAGAUGAACAGAUGCCACAAGGCCUGGGUGAGUGAAGUUUUGGCCUCAGACACCGGGAGAUCCCAGGGUCUCUGAGGGUGAAGUUUCCCACCCAUCCACGUUCAUAUAGGAAAAGGACUGGGGUGAGGGGUGGAGGGGAACCCCCCAACCCCCCCCCCGCCUCCCCAAAUCCCAGGCCCUGGGAAAGAGAGAAAUGCAGGGGUUUCCAUUUCACUCCACUUGUUUAGUUUAUCUUGGCACUAAAAGAGGCACUUUCGAGUAUCUAACCUUUGCCAUGGGGUGGGUGGGGCAAGCGGCCCUAGACAGGGCCCCACCGCCAACUGGCUGUUUUCCAGAAUGUUCUCUGAGGUCCAACUAUGGCUCCCUGGGGCCCGGUCCCUCAGAGGGGAGGUGGGGAAUCAGAGCUGCGGGGCCAGGCUUCCUCGUGGCUGCCACCAGCGAAUGAAACUUUUGUAUGAUACAUAAAGUGUUUGGGUCUAUUUUUAAUAAAAAGGGCAAAAAGCCACCUCGAGGGA